AUGAAUAGAAACCUGCAUUCCCCGACUAAAUUAACAGAAUUCGCGAGAGAUUGGGACGAUGAGCCCGAAACGUUGCUCUCAAAAUUCGUAACAAAGAUCACAAAUGCCUACAAUGCCAGCUACAACUCCGUCAAUGUCGUCCCAUCAACUUCCACAGCUGAAAGUCCCAAAUUUCAACAUCCAACAAUCGUCGAGGAGAGCCUACAGGGUGCUUCUGCUCAUCCCAGUACCGCAGACAGUCCUGCAAUUGAAGCUACGGAGGUGUCCCACGAGAGCACCCCAUCAGAUUCAACGUCCAUUGCUGAAAAGUACACUGUGGAGCCUGUUGAGGUUCGCACCCCAACGAGCAUAAUGCAGCGCAUCAGCAGUUUGGUUGCCUUUGGGAAUCGCGACCUUCAGAGCUAUCGCGAUACGGAAUUGCAGAGAUUCUGGAUGCCAGACUCCAAGUCCAAGGAAUGCUAUGAAUGCACACAGAAGUUCUCAACAUUCCGCAGGAAGCAUCACUGCCGCCUCUGUGGGCAGAUCUUCUGCUCAAAAUGCUGCAAUCAGGUGGUUCCGGGGAAGAUUAUAAAGUGCUCCGAACCACUAAAGGUGUGCACGUACUGCUCCAAGAUUGUUCUGCGCUACCUGAAUUCCCCGGAAAUUCAGCUUGAUCUGAAGAGUGAUCUGCAGGCUCUGCAGGAUGAUCUAUCUAAUAAAUUAGCCACUGAAGGGCCAAAUGUCAGUAGCCCCGAUCUUUCAGUUAGUUCCCCACUACGGAGGAAGAUCUCUGUGGGGUAUCAAGAGGAGAAACUCGUCAGCUACCCAAAUACAACACUCACAAGUGGCGAUAGGAAGACAGUUCUGCAGCAACUCACAUCCCUACAAGUGCUGAGUGAGGACUUCACGAAGAAUCUCGCUGUACACAAUCGUGGUGAGGAUCUCGUGAGGUACUUGCUGACAAAUCAAAAAUCCUCCGACAGGAUGCAAGCUGUUGCAAUUUUGAAUGCAAUGAUUGAAGCGGGAUUCCUCGUGGCUAUACCUCCGGGGGCGGGAUGUGAGGAAGCUGAAUUUGAGGGGGAGGCACUGUACAAAACAGUCGAGAAGAAUGACAUUCCCACAUAUCAGGCAUGCUCCUUCCAUGGGGAUCAGCAGAAUGUCGAUGCAAGUGUUGCAGCACGUCCGGCUUUUGUUGAUGGGAAUAUUUUUGGAGAUUUCCAGGAUAAUUCCAUCGGGUCCAUCAGGGAUUUUGACUUGCAAAAUAAUCUCCUCUCCACGGUGGGAUCAAAACCUCUCCUUGAGGCAUUUUGUGCCCAUGAGGAGCGUCUUCUGCAUCAGUUGCUGCGUAAUGAGAAUCUCGAUCCGGAAUGGUCAAAAAUUCUCAUUCCUCUGUGCGCCCGGGUGGCCAAUACGGUGAAGCCAGGGCAGUAUGGGGCGGAUUUGAUGGACAUCAGGAGCUUUGUGAACUUUAAAAAAGUCCCCGGGGGCAAGAGAACGGAGUCUCAGAUCAUCGGUGGGGUGGCAUUUAGCAAGAAUGUCGCUCAUAAGGAUAUGAUAACGAAGGUAGAACGUCCCCGGAUUCUCCUGUUGCAAUGCCCAAUUGUCUAUCAGCGUGUUGAGGGGAAGUUUGUCAGCUUGGAGACACUGAUGCUGCAGGAAGAGGAAUAUUUGCGCAAUGUAACAGCACGGAUACGUAGCUUGGAGCCAAAUGUGGUGCUUGUGCAUAAGAAUGUGGCUGGAAUUGCGCAGGAUAUGCUGAGGAAGCGUGGAAUAACGUUGGUGCUGGAUGUGAAGUUGUCUGUGCUGGAGAGAUUGUCGAAAUAUCUCGAAUGUGACGUUGUGUCAUCAAUUGAUUCGAAUAUUGGACGUCCUACCCUUGGGAUUUGUGAUACAUUCUCCAUCCGGACGUACACCGAUGAACAGGGUGUGGCUAAAACCAUCACAUUCUUUGAGACACCCUCUUCCCCACGAGGUUUCUGCAUCCUCCUCCGUGGUGGGAAUAAUGCCGAACUGACGAGGGUAAAGCGUGUUGCUUCCUUUCUCCUCUACAUGCGCUACAAUUGGCGAUUGGAGUUGUCUUUCCUCUUGGAUGAAUUUGCUCGCCCUCCAUCGCCAAAGCCGAGUAUUUUCGACUCAAAGGAACAAUCUCCGAUUAAGGGAUGCGAUGAGGAGGAAGCAACGACAAAGAAUAAAUCCCUAAAGAGUCGCAUUGAGGACAAGGCAAUUCACAAGGAAGAUGUUCCCGAUUGUUCGGAUCCCCUCAGGACAACACAUCCCGUUGAUACUGAACCCGAAGCACCAGUUGUGGUUGAAUUACACGUUCAGACACUCUAUGACAAUAAAUUCCGCACAUCUCUCAGUUCAACUGUUCUUUCCGUUUCUCCCUUCAUAAACUUCCCACUUCCCUACCUGGAGACGGAAAUUGGGCGGAAAUGUCACCUUAGAUCGCGCUUCCCCAAUGAACUGUACUACUCCAAGCAAUUCUCUAGCCCAAUUGAGCGACAACAGAGCGAAGAAGCGCCCCCACGAAGUGAAAUUCAGAAGGAUGUGGGUUUUGUGAAGCCCCACCAUGAGUUUGUGAAUCACAAAAUAACCUCUUCAGUGGACAGUAAGGAUCUCCAGGGGCUCUUGGCGAGCUUCCGUGCCACUGGGGGGCGUCUCCUGAAGACACGACAGAUGACUAAACGCCCCAAAGUGGAUGAGAAAGUGGAGGAGAGUCAAAAAUGCAUUGAUGCCUUCAUCUACAGAGAUGCCCUGGCAAUUGAGAAUCACCAACGUCUUCCGGUUCUCUUCUGUAGCUACAACUACAGCCCCAAAUCAUCUUGCCAUCAACCAACAUUCUGUGCACAACCAUCAUUCCUCGAUAUGCAAUUCUACGGGCAGAAUGACAUAAUGCUGGGACACUUCCUCGAACGCUACUGCUUCCGCAGCUCCUACAUCUGCCCAUCGUGCAAUAGCCCCAUGUUGGAUCACGUACGUCGCUAUGUGCACUCAAUGGGAUGCAUUCAGGUGCAGCUAGCUGAGGAUCAGCAGCGUCGUAGUCCCGAUGGGAAUAGCAUCCUCAUCACAUCGUGGUGCAGUGUGUGCAAGGAAUCCACACCCAGUGUCCCAAUGUCCAAUGAUACGCACUGUUUGUCCUUUGCAAAAUACCUCGAACUUCGCUUCCAUGGUCAUGCGUACAAGAGGCGUGAAGUGAGUGUCCACCAGGAGGCGGGAUCAGCUGCGGAAGAGGUGGGAAAAUGCAAUCAUUCCCUCCAUCGCAAACAUAUUCACUACUUCAGUCACAAAGGCAUCGUGGCCAGUUUUAUGUACACCCCAAUUGAAGUUUGGGAAAUCUUCCUACCACCCCUUGUAAUCCAACUACAUCCCCCACGACCCUAUGACACAGGUAAAGUGCUGGAAGACAUAAAGAUCUUCGCACAGAAAGGUUAUGAGGUCUAUGCAAAGAUCUAUGAUCGUUUAGCGCAAAUUUCAACGGAAGUUGAGAGCCCCAAACUCAUUGGUCUCAAGAGUCUCGUCAAUCGUGAUCAGAUGAUUUUCAAGCAACGCGUGGAGAUUGUUCAGACCCUCCUCACGGAGCGUGAAGUAAACUCCCGGAAUAUCAAUGAUGCCAUGCUGAUGGUUAAGAGAGCUCUGGCGGAGAGUAUUGAAGUUUGGGGACCACGUCUGCAUGAAGCUGAGCAAAAGACAAAGAAUCCCAUUGAUUCCGGGGAGGAGGGCAGUGAAACUGAUGAUGCGGAAGAUAGGGGGAAGUAUGUCAAUCAGGUGGUGGAUAUGAUUCAAUGCGAGAAGAAUAACAAGGAGUUCUUUGAUAAGAAAACCGUCAAGAGUCUCCUGAGUCAACUUCUCCCAUCUUCCGGGCAGAUUAAUACACUUCCAUCCCCAUUGCCACCACAUGAGCAUCACACCCUACCAAUGGGAGCUUUUCCGGUUCUUGUGCAUGAUCAAGAUCUCAGCUCUGUGAUUAGUUUUAGUCUCAUGUCGAAUGACUACAAGAAAUCCCUGGAAAUGCAACCAGGAGCGUCGCAGGAGAGUAGCAAUAGUCCGAGUGUGAAGAGGAAAACCGAAGCAACUGGUGAGAAGGAUGAGGCAGCAGAGAAGGAAGGUGAUAAAAAGGGAAAAUCUUCUCACAUUGAGUUGCAUUUUCAAGAUGCCUCAACGCAGUUUACGUGCAAAAUUUACUUUGCCCGAGAAUUUGAUUUGAUGCGCAAUAAAGUCCUCAUUCCACCACCAGGGAAGACAACUUCCAUUCCUUCUACGACAGCAGAGAAGGAAGUAAAAGAAGAGGCGGGAGAAGAGGGCACCAGCAAAGGAAUGGUUGAUCGCAAGGCAAGCAGCAAUAGUUUGGGGCAGAAGAUUCCGGAAUAUCUCACGGCGGAAACAGAACGUGUCCGGCAGGCUUUUGCCCGUUCACUGUGCAGAUCGGUACAGUGGGAGGCAAAAGGUGGGAAGAGUGGGAGUAAAUUCUCAAAGACAACGGAUGAUCGCUUUGUGCUGAAGGAGAUGACAAAGCAAGAUGUGGCGAUUUUUGAGAAUUUUGCCCCAAAUUACUUUGACUACAUCCACGAUUGCCUGCAGCACGAUAAGCCCACGCUUCUGGCCAAGAUUCUUGGGGUCUUCAAGGUCAUCAUCAAGAAGAAGGAUUCCGAUCGUGAGAAAUCCGUCCUUGUGAUGGAGAAUCUCUUCUUCAAUCGGGAGAUCUCCAAUAAAUUCGACCUGAAGGGAUCAGAUAGGAAUCGUCUGGUGGUGCCAACAAAUCAGGAAGGGGAAAUUGUCCUCCUUGAUCAGAAUCUUAUCCAAAUGUCCUGGUCAAAUCCUCUGUACAUCCUCACGCACAGUCGUACAAUCCUGAGGGAGGCCAUCCACAGAGAUGCAUCAUUCUUGGAGAAGAACGACGUGAUGGAUUAUUCCCUUCUCGUGGGACUCGACGGGCAGGAGAAGCUUCUCGUGCUGGGUAUCAUUGACUACAUUCGCACCUUUACACUCGAUAAGCGCCUCGAAUCCCUGGUGAAGCAAACGGGGCUCUUGGGGGGACAAGGGAAGCUCCCCACGGUCAUCUCCCCGAAACCCUACAAACAACGCUUUAGUGAAGCCAUGGAACGAUACUUUCUCGUAGUACCAGAUCGAUGGGAGGGGCUGGCAAAGAAGUGAAGCAGAUGCCUCCAGUUGAGAGCCCCCACAGAGGGGGGCGCUUUGUAUUUUAACACGCUUGCACUUACCAAUAAAUUUACAUGCAAUUCUUUUGAUGAUUUAAAAA